AUGGAACUUGCGGCUCCAGCAGUGGCCAGGGAGAAUCAAGCUGGGGCGAAGCUGCUGGAGAGCCGGACGUCAAAAUUCCCGGGAGCCCCCAGGUCGCCCCUCGGUCGCGAGGCUGCGCUGCGUGGGCGCCUCCUCCUGGCGAGACCAGAGCAACCAGCAGCCGAGGAAAAGUUGCUAGGCCGGCAGUACCUAAGUAGGUCAGGCUCUGGCCCUGAGGAAGUUGCCAAGACUAGCGAUCCUGCAGUCCCCAAAGCUCUCCGGUGCCGGAAUUGUGGGCUAGCUGUAGCCAGCCUCUCUGACCUCAUUCACCAUCAAAGCAGCCAUGGGUGUGACCGGCCUUACAGCUGUCCAGAGUGUGACAAAAGCUUCCGGCGUGGCUCAGAUCUGGUUAAGCAUUACCGAGUGCACACUGGGGAAAAACCGUACCCUUGCCCAGAAUGUGGCCGCUGCUUUAGCCUAAGUUCUAACCUCACUAAACACCGGCGUUCUCACUCAGGUCUCCGUCCUCAUAAGUGCACGGAGUGCGGAGAGGCCUUUGGUCGCAGUGCAGACCUAGCAAAACAUCAGCGGGUGCACACGGGGGAAAAGCCCUAUGCUUGUGAUGAGUGUGGUAAGACUUUCAGGGUUAGCUCCAACUUGAUCCAGCACCAGCGAACUCACACUGGCGAGAAACCCUACCGCUGUGGGCUCUGUGGCAAGAGUUUCAGCCUGAGCUCUAACCUUUUACAGCACCAGCACUGUCACACUGGGGAGAAGCCCUACUUCUGUGCCUGGUGUGGAGACAGCUUUGGGCGCAGUUCCUAUCUGCUGGAACACCAGCGUUCACAUACAGGCGAGAAGCCCUACAACUGCUGUGAGUGUGGCAAGAACUUCACCAACAGCUCAAACUGCCUACGGCACCAGCGCACUCACAGUGGAGAGCCGCCCUUCCGGUGUCUUGAAUGUGGGCGGGGCUUCAGUGAGAGGGCCAAGCUUACUGAGCACCAGUGCAUCCGCUUGAGCCAGUGACCUUUCCGGAAUGUGGCAAAAUCUUACACCACAGUCCCAUCAGUGUUCACACAUAGAAGAAACCCUAGGAAGUUUCCUGUGGACAAGACCAGAAUGUGCACAGAGGCCAAAGGCCUUAGCAUUUGCAGCAACUGGGCCAAGAACUUCGUUCAGGUUCCCCGCCGGCUCUUGCACCAGGUGACCCACCAUAGCAAGAAGACCUCCUGCCUGGAAUGUGGCAAGGCCUUUGCUCUUAACUCUCAGCCUUGUCGAGCACCAAUGGAUGCUCCGAGAGCUUCUGCAGUUAUCCCUGCUUCAACUUUAGUUCAGACUUUGUUUCUGGGUUUGGUACAGUCCCGAAAAGCCUGAAGGGAACAUGGCUUUAAAACAGACCUCUUUUCUGCAUCCCUGAGGUGAUUUAUGCCAUCUGGGUUGAGACAGGAACCCCAGGCUAGACAAACACAGCACUAGAGCUGUGGCUACCACCUUCAGACGGUCAAGAUUUAAAACACACACAGCGGUCUUGUUCUAUGAGAUUUCAUUCACUAUGUCCAAUAGAGGGAAGUUUUGAUGACCAGGGCCACAUAGCUCUGCCCCAGCUGCUCAAAAUAGGUUAAUCAUAACAAAAGCAACAAUUGCUUUUCCCCAGAGGAAGAGGACUACAGGCCAGAGGUUGAAGGUGGACCAAAGGGCAUCAUAAAAGGUUAUGUUCUGGCAAAAGGACAAGAAAAUCCACGCUUCAGAUUGCUACAUAAUCUCUGGGUGUAGAAUCCCAUUCAAAGAAUUCUAACCAUAGAAUAACUGUCUUUAUUGUUUAUGCUAGGGUCUUGGGGACUGAGGUGGGAAAAAAAAACAUACUUUGAGUUCAGGAUGCUUUACGAUAUUUCUAGGCAUGGGCAGAGGCCCAGGAUUUGUCAUCUGGCCCUUUUCUAGUUCUCAUUCCCUUCUCUUAAAAACCCCUCUGUUCCCCCAGCCCCCUUUUCCAAUAGUGAAAUAAUAAUGAAGACUUCCAGGCUUUGGAGAUUCCAUGUAGCCUUUUUGUCUGACAUAGAGGCAGGUUGCCCACACAGAUGUAUUUCUACUACUAGAAUUAGCAUAUAUGGGAGCCUGUAGGUUUCCCAGAACACCACAUAAUCUUUGAUUCAGCAUAGUCCAAUCAAUGAGGUACUGCUUGUUUUCCUGAGAGGCAUGGACUAACCCUAUUAAGGUUGAGGAUAGAGUUCUCUGUUCAAAGAUGUAGUAACACCUUUGUGACCAUCUUUUCAUCCUUAACUGCAGACUCUGGUCCCCUUCUCUCUAGUUUUGCAGACAUUUAGCUUGCUGAAUUUAGAACUGUCUAUAUAGGCUAAAGAGGAGGAGUAGCAAGUUACCAGUCUCAAUUUCUAAGUAUCCAGGUUUUUCUCUUCCUAGUUGUGUGACCCAUUGCCUCUUCUGGCUCUUAGUUUCUUCAUCUGUGAAACGUGCAGUCUACCUCACCAGGCUGUGAAUACUCCAUGGAUAUUCCUGCCUUCAUGAACUACCUGGUUAGGGGAGUGGUUCAGUAAGCCUCAGUUCUCAAGUCUGGAGUCCUGCUGGUUCUAUCAUUCAGAAAGCAUCAUGGCAACUCAUGGAUCAUCUUCUAAGAUUGCAGAAAUGAACUAUACACUCCUGGAGUAGCCUGUUGUCCCAUAAAGGCAAUGGACCAGUAAUAACAGAGUGAAUGGUGCUGGCAUUGGAGAAAGGGUGUCACCUGGAGCAACUCUAAAGGGGAUGACCCACACGAUAACUAACGAACAAUUCUGCCUCCUCAAGCUGGGUAGGAGAAAGUUACUCUGAGCAGGAGUAAGUGAUUAAAGAAAUGAUUCUUGAUGUGUUUCUCAUCAAUAGUACUUCAAAAGACACAACCCAAGGUUUGAGUUGAAUAUCUGAGCAUAGCACAUACAUAGUUGGCACUCAAUAAACAGUUGUUAUGAUCGGG